AUGCAGGAAGAGUAUGAUGCUCAGAUUAAAAAGGGAACAUGGUCACUGGUUCCCAGACAAAAUAAUGUUCAUGUUAUGCGUUCAAUGUGGAUUCAUAGGUACAAGUAUGACUCGGAAGGCAAUCUAGUUCGUCACAAAUCAUGUUUGAUGACUAACGGCAGAUCACAACCACCCGAUAUCGAUUGCGACGAGACUUUCAGGCAUAUGGUUAAGCCAGAAACCAUAAGACUUGUACUCGACAUCGCUCUAUCCAAAAACUGGCCACUCCACCAACUAGACGUCCAGAAUGCGUUCCUCAACGGUGAUCUUCAAGAAACCAUCUACAUGCAUCAGCCGUCAGGUUUCAAAGAUGAAACCAAACCAGAUCAUGUCUGUUUGUUACAUAAAGUGCUCUACUGCCUUAAACAAACCCUGCGCGUGGUACCAGCGAUUUGCUACUUUUACUACACGAGUGGGUUUCAAACAGAAAUUCGCCAUACAGAUCUCGGAAAGCUUCAUUAUUUCCUUGGCAUCACGAUCAAAUACAACAAUGCUGGUCUGUUUCUGCAACAAAAGACAUAUGCCAUGGAGAUUCUACAAAGAGCAAACAUGUCAGAAUGCAACUCUUGCACCACUCCAGCGGAUGAUAGAGGAAAACUCUCCGACGAAGGAAGCCCACCGAUGUCAGAUCCUACACUAUAUCGAAGUCUUGCCGGUGCUCUCCAAUAUCUUACCUUCACUAGACCCGAUAUCGCCUUCGCUGUUCAACAAGUGUGCCUCUUCAUGCAUGCACUAUUGGAGUCUCAUUACAAUGCUUUAAAGCGCAUACUGCGCUACAUCAAAGGGACACUGGACCACAGUCUGCAACUCACGCCCAACAAGUCUCACACGCUCACCGCCUGCUCAGACGCCGAUUGGGCAGGAUGCCCAAACACGCGACAGUCAACCUUAGGCUACUGCAUCUUCCAUGGAGACAACCUCAUCUCUUGGUCUUCUAAACGCCAGCAAACCUUCUCACGUUCAAGCGCAGAGGCAGAAUACUGUGGCGUCGGAAAUUCCGUCUCUGAAGUUAGCUGGAUCAGAAACUUGAUGCUCGAGCUAUACUGUCCAUUGCGAACAGUAACAAUAGUCUACAGCGACAAC